UUAUUCACCAUUUCUGAAAGAUGGGGAACUUGCUCCUUUUGACUGCUCUGCUCAUCCUCGCCGUUGAUGCCCAAGACGACUGUACCUUCAAAAAUAAGCAGCUCAGAAAGAAAGAAGAUCUCUACAACGAAUGCUUAGAUGAGGGGUACAAAAGCUCUAUAGUAGGAUGUGCUGCAACUGGAGGGGAAUCUGACCUGUCAAAGAGAGAAAAGAAAAGAUGCAGGAAAGUUGAAGAAGACUUGAUAUUGUGUGACUGGAGCUGUGUCGUGAACGGUGACUGGGGUGAAUUUGGAGAAUGGAGUGAGUGUUCUGCUGCUUGCGGUGGAGGCACUCAGACUCGCAAACGAUCCUGUGAUGAUCCUCAGCCCGCAGAAGGUGGUGCACAAUGUGAGGGAGACGAAGGAGAAACAAGAGUUUGUAAUGUUGACCCCUGUCCACCUCGGCUACCUUCAUGGCCUGAAGACUUCAAAUGGAGUAAUGCUGGUGUUCCUGACGGUUAUACUUGCAUGAGAGUCCUUGAGUUUGCAGAGCCUAAGGAUCACACAUGGGAGGAUAACUUCUUUUGCUGGAAGAAUGGACUUGCUGAUCCUGGUCUAAGAUGGUCGAUGGCCGGUGAGAUUGCAGGGCAGAAAUGCGUACAGAUCACAGAAGCAGCUGAUCCUGAUACAUGGACUGAUAACUACAUCUGUCUCCCUCUGGACACCCCUUACAACUUCAAGUGGAGUUCUGCUGGUCCUUUGGAGGGUUUGAAGUGUAUUCAAUGGUUGGAACCUGCUGAUCCAGAUACUUGGAAUGACAACUAUCUCUGUCACGAAAAAUUGGAGGGCCCUGAUGUUACUGCAUUCCUUCCCUCGUGGCCUGAUGAGUUCAAAUGGAGCAAUGCUGGUGUUCCUGACGGUUACACUUGCAUGAGAGUCCUUGAGUUUGCAGAGCCUAAAGAUCACACAUGGGAGGAUAACUUCUUUUGCUGGAAGAAUGGACUUGCUGAUCCUGGUCUAAGAUGGUCGAUGGCCGGUGAGAUCGAAGGGCAGAAAUGCGUACAGAUCACAGAAGCAGCUGAUCCUGAUACAUGGACUGAUAACUACAUCUGUCUCCCUCUGGACACCCCUUACGACCUCAAAUGGAGCUCUGCUGGUCCUUUGGAGGGUUUGGAGUGUAUUCAAUGGUUGGAACCUGCUGAUCCAGAUACUUGGGAUGACAACUACCUCUGUCAUUCAUGGUGGCACCAGGACCCUUCUUUGAAGACUGUGAAUGGUGCAUGGACACACUUCGGAAAAUGGUCUGAGUGCUCGGCAUCAUGUGGUACUGGAACUCAGUCGCGGAAACGGUCUUGUGAAAAUCCUUCUCCUUUACACGGCGGAGCAGGUUGUGAGGGUGAUGAAGAAGAAACCCAAGCUUGCAACACUAAACCCUGCCCAGUCCGGCUACCUUCCUGGCCUGAAGACUUCAAAUGGAGCAGUGCUGGAGUUCCUGACGGUUACACUUGCAUGAGAGUCCUUGAGUUUGCAGAGCCUAAAGAACAUACAUGGGAGGAUAACUUCUUUUGCUGGAAGAAUGGACUUGCUGAUCCUGGUCUAAGAUGGUCGAUGGCCGGUGAGAUUGCAGGGCAGAAGUGCGUACAAAUCACAGAAGCAGCUGAUCCACAUACAUGGACUGACAACUACAUCUGUCUCCCUCUAAAGUCCCCCUACGACCUCAAGUGGAGUUCUGCUGGCCCUAUCGAAGGUUUGGAGUGUAUCCAAUGGCUGGAAACUUCUGAUCCAGAUACUUGGGAUGACAACUAUCUCUGUCAUGGAACAUUUGAAGGUCCUGAAAUAGUUAAUCAUCUACCUGAUUGGCCUGAAGAUUUCAAAUGGAGCAAUGCUGGAGUUCCUGACGGUUACACUUGUAUGAGAGUCCUUGAAUUUGCAGAGCCUAAAGAACACACAUGGGAGGAUAACUUCUUUUGCUGGAUGGAUGGAAUGCCUGAUCCAGGUCUAAGAUGGUCGAUGGCUGGAGCGAUUGAAGGGCAGAAGUGCGUGCAGAUCACAGAAGCAGCUGAUCCACAUACAUGGACUGAUAACUACAUCUGUCUUCCUCUGGACACCCCUUACGACUUCAAGUGGAGUUCUGCUGGUCCUUUGAAGGAUUUGGAGUGUAUUCAAUGGUUGGAACCUGCUGAUCCAGAUACUUGGGAUGACAACUAUCUCUGUUUUGAGACAAUGGAAUUCUAAACUAAGAUUUAUUAAAAGGGGCUUUAUUUGGUUUGAUUUGAAUGUGAUGAGCAAAUGGAUUUUUUUGAACGAUACAUGAAUGUGUAAACAAAUAUGUAUUCAAAUUUUAAAAGUCAGAGUGCCCUAGUCAAUAUUUUAAUUGAUCAAGCAAGGUUGUUGUUUGUUAUUCAUCCAUUUUUACUGAG